UGAAGGGUAUAACUAAAGAUGCCCUUGGUUGGAUUUAACUGAUAAACAAAAUAAAUUUAUCAAUAGGAUGUUUUAAUGAAAUCUCAUCCUAAAGAACAUGACUUUUAUAAAAAAAAAAAAAAUUAGAAUGUAGCCUUUAUGGAAUUACCAAAAUAUUUCUUUAGAAGUUCUCGAUUGUAAAUGUGAGAGGAUUUCAUUCUACCACUCUAUAUUGGUGUUAUUAAACUGUCGAUUAAGAUGUAUUAUUUAAUGAUAAAUAUUGUUGAAUGCAGGAUUACAGAUACUUCUUUUUAAACCACUGGUUAUUUUGCAAAUUACUCAUCCUCAAACUGUGGAUUAUAUUUUCUAAUUUUGUCAGAUGAUAUCCCAAGGCUGCCUUUUCUCUUCUCAUUUUAGAGAAAAAUGAGCAGGCAGAUUUGUUGGCUCUGUAAGAUGGGCAGAGACGAAUCUAAGAGGCCCCCUUCAAAGCUUACUUUGGAGGAAGUGUUACAGUGGGCCCAGUCUUUUGAAAAUUUAAUGGCUACAAAAUAUGGUCCAGCCAUCUAUGCAGCAUAUUUAAAAAUGGAGCACAGUGAUGAGAAUAUUAAAUUCUGGAUGGCAUGUGAAACCUAUAAGAAAAUUGCCUCACGGUGGAGCAGAGUUUCUAUGGCAAAGAAACUUUAUAAGAUUUACAUCCAGCCACAGUCUCCUAGAGAGAUUAACAUUGACAGUUCGACAAGAGAGACUAUCAUCAGGAACAUUCAGGAACCCACUGAAACAUGUUUUGAAGAAGCUCAGAAAAUAGUCUAUAUGCAUAUGGAAAGGGAUUCCUAUCCCAGAUUUCUAAAGUCAGAAAUGUACCAAAAACUUUUGAAAACUAUGCAGUCCAACAACAGUUCCUGACUGUAACUCAAAACUUUAAACAGAAAACAGUAUAUUGAAAGUGGUGGGUUUGAUCUUUUAAUUUAGAAAAACACAAAACCAGGAACACAGUACAAAUAGAACAGAAAUCAAACUAUAAAUUGACUUUUAGUUCCUAAAAAGAAACAGAUGCCAAAAGCAAUGGAAUCUAGAAUUUUUAUAACAUGAGUAACAAAAUUUACAGCAUACCUAUGUAGUGCAAUUAAUAUAUAAUGAAAAGGAGAGUCCUUCUUCAUUACACAAACAUUAUGAAGUUUCUACUGUAGUAGUCAAUUAAUGGAUAUUUCCUUUAUUAACAAAAUUCACUGUCAUACGAAUUUGUUCUUUAAAAACUGUCAUAUGAAUUGUGUGUCUAGCAUGAAGAUGUUCUAUAGCGUACUCUUAAUAACUUGAAUUUAUAGACAAAUGCUAUUCACAACACAAUCAAUUGUAUUAUACCAUGAGAAAUAUCAAAAGGAUAUGUUCUUGAGAGACAUUUUAUCUAUAAAAAUUUUCUACUAUUUUGUUCAUAACCAAACUUCUUUAUCACAUGUAUCUUCUACAUGUAUAACAUUUCUGAUGAUUCUAAGCUCUUAAAAAAUAUAUGAAUUUCUUCAUUUGUGCUUAUAUUUACAUUGCUGUAAGGAUAUAAAAUGUGGUCUCUAUAUCUUGAGAUUUUUUUUCCUUACAAUGUGAACUCGUUGUUGUAUUGGAAAUCAAUAAAGCCAAAUAUCAACUGAA